AUGGCAGAUAAUUAUUUUCCCUUUACGUAUACGCCUGAUAAUCUCCAGCACCGCUGGGUAAUUAUCGACGAGGCUCAAAUAAUGACGUCGCCUGCUUGUCAGCAGAGGCACCCUCCUAUUUUGCCUCAUAUAAUCGUUCCUUUUCCGCCACAGAUUAAUGCAAAAGAUCUCAUUGAUAAACAGAACAAGAAAGGCAAAAAGGCGACAAAACCCCCUAACGCUUUCAUGAUAUAUCGGAUGAGGUACGUGCAACAGCUGCACUCCAAGGGUUAUAGGCUUCCGAUGAGAGACUUGUCUCCGCUCAUAUCCAAAUCAUGGCGUGAACAACCCGAUAUGAUCGUUCAACACUAUGAGCAGCUCGCAAAAGAGGCCAGCAGCUAUUAUAACGAGGUCAACAAAAAAAUCCCAAAAAGACAGCCUGAGCCUCGUCUGCCGUUUUCGAAAUCGGGAUCCACACAUUCGCCGGGUUAUAUGUCUGCUAAAGAACCGAUACAUCCUCCACCAAAUGUAUCGAGAACUGCUCCGAUGAGAAAUUCUUGCACGGAACCUUAUCAACAUUCUCUCUGCGGAAACGUCGAUAAAAAUUAUAAUCAACAUCCUUACCAGUUGCCAUAUCCAUAUUCACUAUUACCACCCACACUAUCGCAACCUUGUCCAAGCAGCGGCUAUACGGAUAACAGCCGUAACUCGUUUCCCCUCCCUAGUAUUGAUGUUAUAUCUCACGUGCCUGCUCCACGUAGACUGACGGAUACGAACAAUACCGCAUCGAAUGCAUAUCCUAGCAGUCUUUAUGGAAGUUGGGAAUAA